AUGGCGACGCGUAAAACCCGCGUGAAGCCCACGCCGUACCCCUUCCUCUGGUUCCGCCUUCCGCGAAGCGCACAACUAGUCUCGUCGCUCGUGGUAGCGGGCAUUAUGUCGCAUUUCUUGCGCGAGCUAUCGCGGGAUGGGUACACAUUGCCCUGGACGUUUAUCUUGCUGAUGGUGGUAUCAAUCUUGACUAUUGUCGCUCUUGCAUCAACUAUUGUGCUGCAUUUAUAUCACGGCCUUAAUCCUGGUUUAAAUAUCGCAGUCAACGGUUCACUCGGGGUGCUGUGGAUUGUGUCGUUUGGGUUGCUGGCGAGGUGGACUUCCGGGACGGUAGCGGGUGUCUGUGACACUUCACAUUGGGACUCUGAUACAGGAGUGAGCAUAUGUAGGCAGUACAAAGCGCUGUUUAGCUUUGCGCUGCUGGGCUUGCUCGCAACGCUGCUGGCGCUGGCUGUAGAUGUCAAGGUGCUGAAGGGAGCGAGGACGAGAGGCGCCUUCCAGCCGGUAGAUGGAAUGGCGGGUGAGGGGAAAGGAGCUCCGGAUAACUCGCAGGACCCGGAAGCCAAUCCUAAUCCGAUUGCUGCGCGGACAAGGCAGGUUAGAGGUGGCGAGGGGUAUGCAUUACCAGAAGAGCAGUUUGAGUAUGAUGAUUUGGCGUAUCAUGGAGCAGCAGGGGAGAUUCGGCGGAGGAGCUUGGAACGUAGAACAUGA